CCCACAGUGCUCCUCGACAGCCGCUAUGGAGACCCGCGGGGCUGCUGUGCUCCGCGUGAAGCGAAAGCGCAGCGCGGAGCCCGCUGAGGCGCUCGUCCUCGCUUGUAAACGCCUCCGCUCCUGCGCAGAUGAGUCGGGAACCCAGGAGACACCCCUAGAGGGUCUGGCGAGAGCAGCGGAAAACAAUGUCUUCCAGUUGGUGGCUACUGUGCGCUCCCAGGAGGAGCCCGUCCAGCCGCUUGUGCGGGCUGCUCUGCGCCCGUCCCUGGGCAGCCAGCAACGUAUCCGCCAUAAUCUCCGCGCGUCGGCUCGGGAGUUCCAGCAGGAGGGUCGCUACAGGGUGGUUUCCAGCCGCCGAUCCUCGGGGAUUCCUUCUGGCGGCUUGGAGUCCGAGGACGCACCGAGAAACCCAGAGGCUGCCGUGGAUGCAGGCUUCCAACUAUUGGACCUGGUACACGAGGAAGGAGACCCAGAGCCCGCCGCCGCGGUCUCCUACAAAACAUGUGACCCAGAUGUGAUCCUCUGCAAUUCUGUAGAGUUGAUCCGUGAGCAGUUAACUAUAUCUGAAGGAGGAGCAGUAGUCGGGCACCAGGAGGAACAGAAGGACGACUAUGUAUAUGACAUUUACUAUUUGGACAAGGCCACUCCAGGAUGGAUUGAGAAUAUCCUCUCCGUGCAGCCUUACAGCCAGGAAUGGGAGUUGGUGAAUGAUGACCAGCAACCAGAGGACAUUUAUGAAGAUGAAGAUGAUGAGAACAGUGAGAAUAACUGGCGGAAUGAGUACCCAGAGGAGGAGAACAGUGACGAAGAUGAAGAUUCCAGAGGCUCUGAUGAAUACAGCAGCCUCAGUGAAGAAGAAAGAGACCACAGUAGACCACAGAUAUGCAGCAAAUACCCUCUGGAUGUGCAGAAGGAGUUUGGCUACGACAGCCCCCAUGACCUGGAUUCAGACUGAUGAUCCUGUGAUAUCCAUGAGGUUCUACCACAAGCCCCUGAGGGUUUUGUGAGUGCAGUGUCAGCCACCCUAGUAACAUCCUCUCAGGUUCCCUAGUUUAACAUGUGGAAGGAAAAAGCAUACCCAAAAGCACUGUUCCACCAUGGUGAAAACUUGCGCUAAAGGAGUGCAUCUUUUCUACUAACUGUAGGGCCCCUUUGUUUUGUUCAAAAGUGACUCUACAGUUGGGGAUAGGGAGUGGAGGGAAUGCUGUGAAAAUGCAGCUCACUCACCCAAGCAUUUUCCUGGCAUUCCCAUUCUCCUACCGGUAAGUGGAAGAGCUCCCCAUUUUAUCAGCACAGAGCCUUGGCUUUCCCAGGCCACGUGCUUCUAGUAAGCGCCUAUUUCUUUUGGUAGAGGGAAUGCAGAAGGGUUACAGUGGGUCCUUUGUAGCAGCACGGACUGAAUGGUAAUGGCCAUUAAGAAAGGAAAUAGAAUCUGCUGCCUUUAAAAUCUGAGUAUCUUACAUGUUUUCCUACUAUCCUGCACCUCCCUGCUCCUUCCCACUGCCGGGGGGUGGGAGGUGGUUAGUAAGUUUCAGACACUAAAGACUUAAAGGCAAAUGAGGAAAAGUAAAGCACAUUCUAAACUUGGCUGUCCAUUGAGAAAUGUUUAUUCACAGUACUCACCAAAAAUAAACUAUCAUCAAUGGGA